UGCUUCAACUCCAGAAUGCCGACAGUUGCCACAGACCAAUCCUCCACACCCACUCCUGAUAUGAAGUCUCCUACGAAGCGGAGAAACGCCUGGAAGAGGCGCCAGCUGCGCCAGCCGCCUCGAGGGGUCAGGGGUGCCCUACACUGCUGCGGGGAGAGGCCGGCUGUAGGAACCGGGCCUCGGCCACCGGGCUGUCGGCCGCGCCUGGAGAGGCUUAAGGCGGGAGGCGGCGAGCGCCCGCUGGGCUCCGCGGGGUGGCCCCGGCAGGCGCGACGCUCCCGCUUUCCACCUCAGCGCCCGGGGAGGCGUGGCCCCGCGCGCAGGUGCCCGCUGAGGGGCGUGGCCCUCAGGUGCGGCCCCGCCCUCCCCCGGGGUGCGGGCGGCCCAAGGCGGUGGCGGCGCCGCUGCUGCCGCCGCUUCCCCGCCAUGGCGGCCCCCGGCGGGCUGGGCCGCUGCGUGGCUGCCUUCUGGCUGGCGCUGGCGUUCGACGCGCUGGGCCUGGCUGUGCUGCUGGUUGGUGUGUUCGCCGACGUGGUGUUCUCCGACCUGCUCAUCUAUGCGGGUGGCAUCGGCAUCUUCCUUAGCCUCAUCUGGUGGGUGUUCUGGUACGCGGGCAACCUGGAGGUGCCGCUGGAGGAGCUGCGCGACGACGUGGGGUUGGCGCCGCCCAAGGGUCGCGGGGAGAGCCUGCUGCGGGGGCUGGUGCACGGCCUCAGCCGCCGCGUCUCCUCUGCCUUCGCUCCCGCGCCCCGCUCCCGCGCCGGGGCCGCCGCCGCCGCCGAGCUGGAGCUGCAGCGCGCCGGGUGUCCGCGGGGCCGUCCCGCCGACUCCAGCAGGAUCUGCUGAAGACAUGGCUAUCGAAGUUACUGCCUCUAAAAGUGGGGGAAGUGCUGCAAAAUAUGGAAAGAGAAUUCCCUACUCAAUGCAAUAGGAUUCUCUCCUUACGGAAUAAUCUCUGCAACCAUUGUGGACUCUCUAUAAAAUGGAUAUAUAGAGCCAUAUCUCUGCCAAAUGCACCUGUUUCAAUGUUGGACUGGAUAGUUUUUUGUGGGUGUUUUUCACCAUUUCAAAAAAAUAAAUUAGAUCUCCUAAGAAGUGAGAACUGAGAAAGAAACAAACCUGAUUCACAGAAAAAUCACUGCAGCAUGUAAUAUAGAAUUAUUUUUUUAUUUUUAAUAACCUGCGAAUGUUUGGAUAAGAAGCUCUUGCACUGUUUUGUCAAGGUCUGGAAGUCAAACUUACUGUGAAUUUUUAUGAUGCCAGUGCAAUACUUUUGUAAGGGUGCUUUUAAAAUAUCUAUAUUAGACUACUGAUGCGAAGUUGCAAAUGUAGUAAAAGUUGUUUAUAGUGUAAAUACACAAUUUACAGUGACUCUUGUAAAGUUCCAUCAUUAUUUUGGAAUAACUUGGAACUUAAGGUUUUUAUAAGCAGACAAGUAAAAGUAGUGAUGUUGGCAUACCAGUACAUUCUUCAUAGUUGCAAAUGAUGUAAUGUGAUGACUCGAAGAGGCAUUUUUACUCCAGUGAUGUUGGGAACUAUUUUCCUAAUGCUGAAGCAUUUGGGGGAGGAGGGGCACCACCAACAUCCACUCACCCCAACCCCCCUCCCCCGUUGAUUAACAAAUAUUCUGAUGCUUUAUAAAAUAUUAACAAAUUUACAUUUAGAUGUAACUGAGAAGUCGCACCUGGGAAAAGAUUUAUAUUAAAGUUAAUGAUACCUAA